ACCAAUUCGUACAAACAGCACCGCCCCGCUCCCCCCUACUUGUUUGUCUUAAGUGAGGAACAAUCCAUCGCAGCCGGGCUCGAUUGACACUGUCUGCUGAUCUGCUACUGCGGCUGGCUCAGAAUAACAAGGCUGUUCGUUAAUACCCGUCUAUCGGAGCUUUCUCCGACACACCGAGCGAGAGAUAGCGAAAAAAAACCAAGUGAGGCAGUCAAGAACAUCGCACGGACCAAGUUCCGCACCCAAGGAUGGCUUCGGGAGAUCUUUAUGAGGUGGAGAGAAUAGUGGACAAGCGUAAGAACAAGAAGGGCAAGUGGGAGUACCUGAUCCGGUGGAAGGGCUAUGGGAGCAAGGAGGACACCUGGGAACCCGAGCACCACCUGCUGCACUGUGAGGAGUUUAUCGACCAGUUCAACAACCUCAACCUGCACACAGACCGCCGCACCAAACCAGCCGCCACCAAGUCCAGCGCCACCAGCCCCCGGCACCUCAUCCGCCCCGGCGGCCCGGAGCACUCGCGAGGCCGGGGGGACCACCGGAAGAAAAAAAGGACUACGGUCACAGGGCCCGGGGCUGGAGGAGGUGGGCCUGGGCUUGGGGCUGUCGGUGGAAAGCCAGUGGACUCACAGCAUAGACCUCGAAAGGUGACAGGGAGCAGACCCGCCGGGGACAGAUCGACCAAAACCAUGACAUACAAGAGCGUACCGGGAGGGCUGCAGUUUGUGCCCUCCCCGCGCAGCUCAAACGGACUACAGAACGGGGAUGUAGAUGCCUUACAUUACAGGACUAAUGCCAGGACACAUGCGGUGCAUCCGGAGUGCAGUGAAAGGGUGGAAAGGAUGCUUGAGGACAUGGAUCUAAGCGGAGCGCCAUCGCCACACAUGAAAGGACUAGCUGGAGCAACAGUCCCAAAUGGAGGCCUAAACCUUCACAGCUCAGUGAAAAGAAAGUUGGCCGAAGACAAAGGCUACGUGUUCGACAAGAGACUUCGGUACAACGUACGGCAGAGCGAGAACAACAACUUCCGGUUCCGAGACAUCGUCGUGAGGAAGGAGGAGGGUUUCACACAUGUUCUGCUCUCGAGCCAGACCUCAGACAACAAUGCACUAACCCCGGAGAUCAUGAAGGAGUUGUGUCGGGCGCUGGGUAACGCGGCGGCGGACGAGGACAGCAAGCUGCUGCUGCUGAGUGCGGUGGGCAGCAUCUUCUGCAGCGGCCUGGACGCCUCCUACCUCAUCGGACGCCUCUCCACCGACCGCCGCAAAGAGAGCAGCCGCAUCGCCGACGCCGUGCGGGACUUUGUGAAGGCGUUCAUCCAUUUUAAGAAGCCCAUCGUGGUGGCCAUCAAUGGCCCCGCUCUGGGCUUGGGGGUGUCCAUCCUGCCCCUGUGUGACAUCGUGUGGGCCAGCGAGAGGGCCUGGUUCCAGACGCCCUGUGCUGCCCUCCGACUCACCCCCUCAGGGUGCUCCUCUUACACCUUCCCCCAAAUACUGGGGGUGGCACUGGCAAAUGAGAUGUUGUUCUGUGGGAGGAAGCUGACAGCUCAGGAGGCCUGCAGUCGCGGCCUGGUCUCCCAGGUCUUCUGGCCCACCACCUUCAACCAGGAAGUGAUGCUGCGUGUUAAAGAGAUGGCCGCCUGUAGCGCAGUGGUUCUGGAGGAGUCCAAAUGUCUGGUGAGGAGCAUCCUCCUGUCUGUCCUGGAUGAUGUCAAUGAGAAGGAGUGUCAGAUGCUGAAGCAGCUGUGGUGCUCUACCAAGGGCCUGGAGGCUCUCUUCAACUACCUGCAGAACAAGGGCUACGAGGCCUGAGCUACCACGUCAACACCACAACACAAUGCACUACACUACACGACACAAUACGACACCAUCCACUUGAUGACACGCGGCUUUGGAAGCAACAGCAGCAGGAGGAUGAGGAGGAGGAGAAGGAGGAACUGUGAAGGGCUGGACGGAGUCGUUUGCAGCUUUUAUGGUCCAUCACCAGGCAGUGUGUGUAUGUAUGUGUGUGUGCGUGUGCCUGUGUGUGUGCCUGUGCGUGUGUGCACACACAUGGGUUUGUGUGAUUGACCUAUCGACCUGUUGACCUACAACUUCCACUGCCCAGGCAUCCAAUCCGACCAAAGUCUUUUGCAUCGAGUUACAGUUCAGGCCAGAAUGAGGCAGGGCGAAUGAGAUAGAACGAGAGGGAGGAUAGAGAGUGACAGAGUGGAGGGAAGAGGGCCUUUCACUGUUUCAGAUAUGCCCAAUGAGUUGCAACAUGUUUUAGCUCUUUUUUUCAGAGUGUUCUCCUGAUUGUUGUCGUGUCCUAAGUAAAGCUUCUGCACUUGUACUAGAGUUUCACUUUAGAGGGCUGUACAAUCAUGUAGCUGACCUUGUGUGAGAGGAGAGGAGAGGAGAGGAGAGGAGAGGAGAGGAGAGGGGGGGCCAUGAGAGAGCCUUCCAAUAGCAGGGAAUGAAGACGUCCAGGGAUAGACCGAGUAGUAGAGCAAUGAGGUGAGGGAACUUCAGUGGUCCAGAGGUUGGAGGUUCCUGUUUCAGCUUUGUGGGUCACCCAUGAGUACAAUAUUUCUUCAUACAUGAUUCUUUGUCAUAUUUAUUUGUGAUGCUUAAAAAGCAACGCAGUUUAAAGUUGUUCUCAUAGCCUUUUUUUUACCAUGCUCUACCUUGAUUAUUUAAAAAGCAGCAUAGAAUUUUGAAAUCCUGUGGAUUUCCAAUGAUCCAUGUAACAGUUUGCGGCAAUGAGUCAUUCAUGUCUUUUUGAUUUCAUGAUAUGUUCACGUCAUGCUAAGUAUACAUACCAAAGGUCAGUCACACAAAUCAGAGUUAUGUAGGAACAGGAAUGCAUUCCACCUUUACACUUUUACGGAUCAAAGCUGUGACAAAAACAAAAAUCAUUUUUUCAAAACCUAUGAAUAGUUUUAUAAUAGCCCAUGUACAGUCAUCACAAAACAUCAAAUAUGUGCAUAUAAUCACUGAUACCACAACAGAGAUAAAGUUGUGUCCAAUUGUAUGUUCAGGAUGUUAUCUUGUCAAACAACAGUCCCGUUGCUGAUAACUUUCAAUACUUUGUCUCACAGAACAUGAUUGAUAGUACAAAUGAAUCUUUCUUAGGCGCAAAGCCAAACAAUGUCAUGGGAACGUGAAUAUUGACGUUAAUAUUAUUUUAUUUGUGUUGUAUGAAGUGAGGUUCAUACAGUUUGUGCUUGAGAAGCAAAACUGACACUGGUAUGCCCUUUGCACUAAAGGCUCAUCGAAGACCCCAUUAGUAACUGAAUUCAUAAUCGCCUAAAACAACUCACAUGCCUCGCAUGCCUUGUGUCCUCUCAGAAAACCAUUCAGAAGCUAAAGCGUUUGGUUAAAACCACUGUAGUGGUGGUUAAGUCACAAGCUGUUUUAUUAACCCAGAGGUAGGCAUAAGCCUAAUGGAAGGUGAGCUGGUCAGCAUUUGUUCAGCUUGGCCAAAUGAUGUAGGCUGCUACUACUUUACGGUUAACUAAACUAGAUUUUACACUGAACCACUUUAAACCACACAGAUGUAUUAGACUCAUCACAAUAAUGCAUUCCCUGCCAGUGUCAUCUCCAUAUACCAUAAUUGGAUCAUCAUCACUACAUCACCACUCAUUACUGCCCUUCUUGGGCUCUUAUAGUGUCACAGCUGUUCAAGAAGUGAUUUUGAGAUGAUGUCUUGGCAGAAUGGAGUGUACUCGUUUUAGGCACUAGAAUAUCCAAAGCGACAAUAAACACCACACAGGAUUGUUGUCAGAAGUGACGUUUGAUCUCAGUUGAAAGCGUAGGCGUGGAGAAUACUUUAUUUAUUGCAAGCAAAUGCUUCCUGAGAAGGAAAUGUAUGUAUAUUGGCUCUCGUUUUUCAGAGUGUGUGUGAUUACACUUGAGUUGACUAACUAUGAUUGACUUUUUAUGAUUGAAUUAAGUAGCAAUGUAAUUAUCAGGGCGGCAGAGGAUUAUUGUAUGGUGCAACUUGCGUAUGUAUCCAUAUGUAAAAUUUCAUCAUGUAUCCAUACACUCACAUUGAUUCAAGAAACGUGUACGUAUUUUUGUAUGGAGAGAAGUUUUCUUAUUUUAUCCCAAAGUGAUCGGAUUGUGUCACCACCACGUUGUCACCAGUUAGGGUCGUUCUGCAGAAGUCGGCCCUGUCUGCAUGUAAUGUGUUCAGGACGCG